GCAACGAUCUCCAAUAAGCCUCCCCAGCAAACAUCAAAGGGGAGGAAUCUAGUAUUCUUAUUCGAGCAAAUAAAAAAAACAAAAAAAAAUGAAUGCAAAGAUAAUUAUCUCUGCUGUUUCUCUUAUCCUCGUAGUAGGUGUUGCCAUUGGCGUUGUUGUAGCUGUUAAUAAGAAGGGUGAAGACCCUGAGAUUCAAACUCAACAGAGGUCUCUUAGAGUUAUUUGCGAAAAUGCAGAAGACCAAAAACUUUGUCAUGAAACCCUUAGCUCUGUCCGUGGCCUCGACGCCGCUGAUCCAAAGGCUUAUAUAGCUGCUGCCGUGAAAGCAACCACUGACAGUGUCAUUAAGGCCUUUAACAUGAGUGAUAGGCUGACUACCGAGUACGGUAACAAGGACAGUGGCGUCAAGAUGGCUCUUGACGACUGCAAAGACUUGUUGGAAUUCGCGUUGGACAGUCUUGAACUGUCCAACAACUUGGUUCGUGACAACAACAUUCAAUCUCUUCAAUAUCAAUCCCCUGAUAUGAGGAAUUGGUUGAGUGCAGUUAUCUCUUACCAACAGAGUUGCAUGGAAGGCUUUAACAGCGAAAAUGAAGGUGAGAAAAAGAUCAAGGAGCAAUUGCAAGUCCAGGGUUUGGACCGCGUGCAAAAGAUCACCGGUGUUGCUCUUGACAUUGUGAGUGGUUUGUCGAAGAUACUCGAGCAGUUCAAUUUGAAGUUUGAUCUUAAACCUGCAUCUCGUCGUCUUCUUGCUGAGGAUACUGAUGAAGAAGGAUACCCUACAUGGUUCUCUGCAUCUGAUCGCAAGCUUUUGGGUCAACUACAAGGAAAAGGAUGGAGAUCACGUGUUACUCCAAAUGUUGUUGUUGCGAAGGAUGGUAGUGGUCAAUUUAAAACCAUUAAGGACGCUAUUGCCUCAUAUCCUAAGGGAAACAAGGGAAGAUAUAUUAUCUACGUGAAGGCUGGUGUUUAUGACGAGUACAUCACUGUUCCCAAGGAGGCAGUUAACAUUCUUAUGUACGGUGAUGGCCCACAAAAGACCAUUGUAACAGGAAGCAAAAACUUUGCUAAUGGUGUCAAGACCAUGCAAACUGCCACCUUCGCCAAUACCGCAAGUGGAUUCAUUGGAAAGGCAAUGACAUUUGAGAACACAGCCGGUCCUGAUGGUCACCAAGCAGUUGCAUUGAGAAACCAAGGAGAUACAUCUGCUUUCGUUGGUUGCCAUAUAUUGGGUUACCAAGACACAUUGUAUGUUCAAACAAACAGACAAUUCUACCGAAACUGUGUUAUCUCUGGUACCAUUGAUUUCAUCUUUGGAACAUCUGCAACAUUGAUCCAACACUCUGUCAUCAUCGUAAGGAAGCCCAACGACAACCAAUUCAACACAGUAACAGCAGACGGAACAGCAGAAAAGAACAUGGCUACUGGUAUUGUGAUCCAGGAUUGUGAGAUAGUACCAGAACAAGCAUUGUACCCAGUGAGAUUCCAAAUAAAAUCAUACUUGGGUAGACCAUGGAAGGCAUAUUCAAAGACAGUUGUGAUGGAAUCAACAAUUGGUGACUUUCUUCACCCAGAUGGUUGGUUCCCAUGGACAGGAUCAAACUUCGAAAAUACAUUGUACUAUGCAGAGUAUGCCAACACAGGACCAGGUGCCAAUGUUCAAGGAAGAAUCAAGUGGAAGGGUUAUCACGGAGUCAUUAGCAAGGCUGAGGCUACCCAAUUCACUGCUGCUGAAUUCCUUAAGGCUGGACCCAAAUCUGGAACUGACUGGUUGAAGGCUCUUCAUGUUCCUCACUACCUUGGCUUCAAGAAUUAAUUAUAUGUAUCUUUUAGUUUGAGAGAGUCUCUCAACUUCAUGGCACACACACAAAUUCUUAUUCUUUCUAAUUAUCUUUGACUUUGUCUAGGAGAUCCGCCCCAAAUAUAAAUCAAAAUUUGCUCGGAUUAUAUGCUA